GGGGUCCGUGUUUCAGGAGGGGGUGCACGGAUGGGGUCUCUGUGGCAGACGAGGGGGUGCUCAGCCGGUGCCGGUGUGCAACCGGACGUGUGUGCAUGUGUGUGGCCCCCCCGGUGUGUACGUGUGUGUGCGUGCACCGGCGGGGCCGGCAGCUCGGGGCACCCACCGCCCGCCCCGCCCGCCACCGCGGCUACACCGGUACCGGCACCGGCCCGGGGAACGGGGGACGCGGCUCGGGCCGGCGGCGGCUCCAUGGCGUCCCCGCGGGCGGCGGAGCUGCGGAGCCCGGGCGAGGCGGCGGCGGAGGCGGGUCCGGUCGGUGCCAUCCCCGGGGGUCCCGGUGCGGGCCCGGGGCUGGCGCUGGCGUUGGGCUGCGCGUUGAGCGGCGCGGCGCUGGUUGUGCUGGCCGGAGCCAUUCCCCGGGCGGCCCGGCCCGACCCGACGGUACCGGCGCGGCAGAUGGAGCGGCUGGAGGAACGGGCGGCUCGGCUCCGCGCCCGCCUCGACCGCUGCACGGUAGCGGGGCUGGCGUUGCUGGCCCUCGGUGGGCUGCUGCUCGCCGCCCUGCUCCUGGCCGCCGCCGCCGCCCGCCGCCGCGCCCGGGCCGCCCGCCGCACCGGGGGUACCUACGGCUCGGUGCGGCUGCGGCUGCGGCGGGUGUCGGCCGAGGGGACGCGGGCGCUGCUGGAGAGCCAGCUCAGCCCCCCGGCACAGCCCCCCGAGGGGCCGGGCUCCUAGCCCCCCUCCCCACGCCCUGGGGACCCCUUCACCGGUGGCAGAAGCGGGGGUUCCCCUCGCCACACCCCAACACCGGUGCCGCCCAGGGAGGCUCCAUCUGUGCCCACUUGCCAGCCUUUGGACACCUUCAUCACCUCCCUGGAUCCUUCUGGGAUGGACAGGACGUCCG